AUGCUGAAGAAAAAAGGUCAAAAAAAGGCGAACAAUGCUGAUUUUACCAUAAACGACUGUGCGAAUGCGCUCAAACCUGUUGGAAGAGUUAAGAAGUCAGUGGCAGCAGAACCAGUUCCAGAGAAAUCUUGGGAAGAUUUACAAGAUGAUGACUUUGAUAUCAUUGAAGAAGUUAACGCAGAUGGAAGUAAAAACUUUGUGUAUAAGAAAAAACGAAAUCAUUCAAAAAAUGAAUCAGAAAACAUUGAUGACAGACCUGGCAUUGUUUAUCCAGAGAUAGUAUGGUAUCUUAUAUCUCCUUAUAUUAAACCAGAGGAAAUAGGAAAUUUUGCUAGAAUAAACAAGGCAACUUAUGCAAUUACACACCGUGAAUCUUUUUGGCGAGCAUUGUAUAAAAGAUACUGCCAAAAUAAUCCUAAAUUGCCUGAAAAAUUAAGAAUUGAAAAUAGUUAUAAACUAUACGGUUUGAGGCAGCGUGUCAUAAGAGCAUUGUAUCAUACUUAUGAUGUAUUUAUUAAAAGAGUGUUGCAACAGGCAUCUCAAGACAGCAGGCCGCAUCAGUUAGUUAAACGAAGAUGUGUAAAUGUUUGGUAUUACAAAGGUGCUUCAUACUGGGUUGUAUACUUUAAAUUAAAAAAAUCUAAUCUUGAACAAAGAAUUAAAACAUUAGAUUUUAUUGAAGAACUUGGAAGAAUAGAUGCCAACCCAGAAGAAGAUUCCCAAAUAUUGCAGGUCACAUGUCUAAAUUUCUAUGAAGUUCCACCAUUGAUGGGUAUGACCCUAUCAUCAGUCAGUGUAGUCUUAUCCCAAGGGUUUCGACACCAUAGACUACACUUAGGUUUUAAUACUGGACACUAUAAUAUAUCAAGAAACAUCUUUCCUGAAUGCUCUGUGGUCAUAGACAAUGUCAUUAACAUUCUAGUCUUCGAUUGGUGGCAUCCGAAAUAUCCAUAUUUUGACAGCAAAUUACCUUCAAGUUUAAGAGAUGAAGAAGCCUUACCAGUGUUGAAAAAAGAUUUCUUUACAAUUUGUAAAGGAGAUGUG